CUCUCACGAAAUUCAAAUGCCAUUUCGAAAUACGGUUAUCUUGACAAUAAAAAUCGUAAAAUAAAAUAUUAAUAAGAAUUUUUAUUAAAUCAGUAUUGCAUCAAGUUUAUUUAUAAACUCCAGAAAUAAAGAGAAAAGAGUGUAAAUUUAGGAAGGGACUAUUUUGUGGCGAGUCGGCGUACCGCGUACCGCGAGACGUCGGCGGAACGGAAUUGGAACGCGAGUUGUUUACGUGCUUUGUAACAGUGUCCAGUGCCCUGCCCAAGUGCUUUUCGUGUCGAAUGCGUGUGCUUUUCCACGAUAUUUUCAGUCACAUCUCAAACAAGUGUUUCGCUUAAUGGAUUUCGCGUCGGCAGAUUGAAAAGGUGGCCGAAGGUCAGGGAAACCUAAAAAUCAGUCAAAAGUCCAGGAUAUUGAAAAAAUUGAAAACUCCAAGGAAUUUCGGUAUAGAUGACUCAUACAGUGGAUUAUUUUCUAUUUCAGAAUAGAAUUUGAUAAUCGUUUUGCCUCAGAGCUGAAAUAUGCCGGAGGAGCGUAAACCAAGUUUGGGGGUGGCGGAGGUGACUACUGAAAAUGGAAAUGGGACCACUUCACCUAAUAAGAGUCCCGUCAACAGAGGGAAAAUUGCAGUGGCAAAGAUUACUUUGCUUGACGGCACGGUCAAGGAUUUUCCGAUUGAAAGAAAAGCAAAGGGCCAAGAGCUCCUGGACAAAAUAUGUCAAAGCAUGAACCUCCUAGAAAAGGACUACUUCGGCCUUAUUUACGAGGACAAACACGACCCGAGGAAUUGGCUCGACCUUGACAGGAGGAUUUCCAAAUUCCUGAAAAAUGAUCCGUGGAAAUUUAACUUCGAAGUUAAAUUCUACCCACCGGAUCCAUCACAGCUGCAGGAAGACAUCACCCGAUAUCAACUGUGUCUUCAAAUUAGAAAUGAUAUCAUGACUGGACGCUUGCCGUGUUCUUUUGUCACCCAUGCUCUCUUAGGAUCCUAUUUGGUACAAUCUGAAUUGGGCGAUUAUGAUCCGGAUGAACAUGGCAGGACUUACUUGAAAGAUUUCAAAUUUGCGCCGAAACAAACACCUGAGCUAGUCGAAAAAGUGAUGGAUCUUCACAAAACUCACAAGGGUCAAACACCAGCGGAAGCGGAACUCCAUUACCUCGAAAACGCAAAAAAAUUGGCCAUGUAUGGCGUGGAUCUUCAUCCAGCAAAGGAUUCCGAAGGUGUGGAUAUAAUGUUGGGAGUUUGUUCCUCGGGACUCCUCGUCUUCAGAGACAAACUCAGAAUAAACAGGUUCGCUUGGCCAAAAAUCCUCAAGAUCUCCUACAAAAGACACAAUUUCUACCUGAAGAUCAGACCCGGGGAAUUCGAGCAAUUCGAAUCUACUAUCGGUUUCAAACUUGCCAAUCACAGAGCUGCUAAAAAAUUGUGGAAGGUCUGCGUGGAGCACCAUACUUUCUUCAGGCUCACAAGUCCUGAGCCUGUAAAGAAAGUGGGAUUGAUACCACACUUGGGAUCCAACUUCCGAUUUUCGGGACGAACUCACUACGAGACUAGAAAAGUUCCGAUCGACAGGCAGCCUCCGAAGUUCGAGAGAUUCUUGAGUGGUCGCAGGAUCACCUCUCGUAGCAUGGAUGCUUUAGGUGGUGCAAAGCAAUUAGAACCUUACGGUUCGGAACCUAGCAAGCGUCACACGAUGAGCUACGAGCCUGACACAAUUCCCGAUAUGGAGCACAUAGACCAACGCCCUAGUCCCAUCAAGAAGCAAAAAGAAAAGCUCACACGAAAAACAAGUGCCGGAACAACAUCAGCUAGCAGUACGAGUAGCCUGGAAGGGGAAUACGAUGCGAAUCGUGGCAACAAGAAACCGGUCGGAGGGAUUGCGGUCCUACCGCCCGGUGGUAUUUCGAAGAAGAAGAAGAAGGAUUCGAAAAAUGAAAGCGAGAAGGAAAACCAUAACGAUCUCAACAAAUCUGAUUUAAUUAAUGAGAGCUCUGUUCUCGAGAGUAUUGACGAAAAGUCACCCAGUAAAAAGGAUAAAAAGAAAGAUAAGAAAUCCCCCGAUAAACCCGAGAAGGAAAAGAAAGAAAAGAUAAAGAGUCCAGUCGGUGGCUUCCUCUUCGGUAAAAAAGAGAAGGACGAUAAGCAGAAAAAGCAGAAGAAGAACAAGGAUCUCGACGAUUCUAAAGAUAAGUCUGACGUUGAAUCGAACCUUUCAGUCCCAGAAAAAACCCCAACAACUCCAAACGAAAAGUCCGAUCCCGAGAAAUCAAUCGGUUCUGCAAACCUUCCAAAUCUACCAGCUUUCACAAAACCCUACGAGUAUGAAGAAACCGCAUCCUCUCCCACGAAAAAGGCACCCACUUCCCACGGAUUUUCCUACGAAGACAGAUCCGCGUCUCCCGGAAUUCUAAACCAACAGUCACCCACAGGUACCGGUAAAAAAGCAACCGGUCUUGCUUUUAAUUAUGCUCCGGGUGAAAGACAAAAAGUCGCAGAAUCUGCGGAGAAACGGAAGACCAAAGAUGACGGCAAAACUGUCGAGAACAAAAUUCCCGUUGAGGUGAAACCACCAGUUGGAUUGAAAACUCCAGGUCUCAACUAUGUUGAAUCCGCUGGCUUGAAAGAGCAGCUUAAGGAGAAGGAAAGACCAGCAUCUCCUUCAAGUUUAAACCUGAAGAAUGUGAACACUGAUCUCCUGGCUAGUGAACGCCAAGCUCAAAUUAAAACCGCACCUCUUGUUUCCGUUCCAGCUCCAGACGCAUCAAAAUCAGAUUUCCAUGUUUUGCCUCUACCAGACGGUUCAAAAAUAAUCGGUGGUGUGAUAUUCACAAAAGAUGGCAAGCCUCUCGAUCAAAGCAGUCUUGGUCCAGACAGUUCUAAAAUAAUAGACGGCAAGAUCUGCGGCAAAGACGGAAACCCAAUCAAGAAGGGAGACUUUGGUCCCCAUGGUCUUCACAUUGCCAACGGACUUGUCGUUGGAAAGGACAACAAGCCGUUUAAUCAACAAGUCCUCGGAACCGACAAUAAUUCGAUAAUAAAUGGACUCAUCUGCGGAGCUGAUGGUAAACCUUUAAACAAGAGAUUCCUCGGUCCGGAUCACACGCUCAUCAAGGACGGAAAGAUCGUUUCCAAGAAUGGAAAACCCUACCACCAAAGCCGCCUCGGAUCUGAUGGGACUUUCAUAAAAGAAGGUCUCAUCUUUUCCCAGGAUGGAAGGCCCUUGACUCAAGGAUCCUACGGAACUGACGGAAACUACAUCGUCGGUGGCGUUGUUUGCAACACUGUUGGAAAACCCUCGACCCAGAAUGCCGUCUUACCAGACGCCACUUACAUCAACGAUGGGUUGAUUUACGGAAGAGAUGGAAGACCUCUUGCUAGCGGAGAUCUUGGACACGAAGGUUUUUAUGUAACGGAGGGAAAGGUUUAUUCUAAGGAGGGAAAACCAGUCAAGCACGUGACCUUUGCCUCUGAUGGAUCGUCUAUUAAAGACGGAGUUGUCUACGGCAAAGACGGCAAGUUCCUAAAUCAAGGAUCUCUUCUGCCACAUGGAGCACAUCUCAAAGAAGGUAAGCUUGUUGGCAAGGACGGGAAGUCAAUAAAGCACGCGUAUUACAAACCUGACGGUAGUUUCAUUAAGGAUGGCGUUCUUUACGGAAAAGACGGCAGACCCUUGAACCAAAUUCCCCUGAUUGUCGAUGGAUCCUUUGUGAAGGAAGGUUUGACUUAUGAUAAGAACGGAAGAUUGUUGAACCAGAGUCUUUUCAAACCAGACAAUAUCGCGAUUAAGGAUGGAGUUAUCUGUGAUGCGGAUGGAUUACCUUUGACGACUGGAGUUCUGGGUAAUGAUGGACUCACAAUCAAGGAUGGAGUCGUGAUUGGGAAGGAUGGAAAGCCAGCAAAGCAGGAAUCCUUUGGAUCUAAUGGGAAUUAUGUGAAGAAGGGAGUAGUCUACGCGAAGAAUGGAAAGCCUUUGAAUCAGGAUUCCUUGAUUCCCGAAGGAUCUUCGAUCAAAGAGGGCAAGAUCUACUCAAAGGAUGGAAAGCCUCUGAAGUUUGCUUUCUUCAAACCAGAUGGUAGUUACAUUAAGGACUGUUUUAUCCAUGGAGUAGACGGAAAACUCUUGAACCUUAGCUCGGCUCUUCCCGAGGACAGUUUCAUCGCGAAUGGAGUGAUAUUCGAUCACCUGGGCAAGCCUUUGGAUAAAGACACUUUCGGAUCUGACGGUUCCUAUGUAGUAGGUGGUUUGAUCUGCAACAAAGAUGGCAAAGUUGUUUCCGAAGGAGCCUUUGGGCCCGAUGGAAACAAGAUAAAGGACGGAUUAAUCCUCGGAAGGGAUGGAAAGCCUUUGACCCAAGACGACAAAGGUCCUGACAAUCUUGCUAUCAAGGAAGGUAAAAUCGUCGACGCUCAAGGGAAGCCUAGAAAUCAAGGAUCGCUUCUUCCCGAUGGUUGCUACAUUCAAGAUGGAGUCGUUUACGAUAGGAACGAACAGCCACUGAAGCAGGGAGCUUUCAGACCCGACGGAACUUACAUCAAGGAUGGACUGAUCUACGGAUGGGGCGGAUCUUUGCUGAAUGCAGGAUCUGAACUUCCGAAUGGAUUUUACGUGGAGGAAGGACGUCUCCAUGGAAAGGAUGGCCAGCCUUUGAAUCACAGUUCUUUUGGCACGGACGGAGGAUACAUUCAGAAUGGUUUCAUUUACGGAAAGGAUAUGAAUCCGUUGAGUAGAGGAACCUUCGGCAAUGAUGGAAGUUACAUUCAGAAUGGCUCACUCUGCGGAGCUGAUGGAAAGCCACUGAACAAGAAGAUCUCUACAAUCACGAUCAGUUUUGUGAGGUAUGGUUUAGUUUGUGGAAAGGAUGGGAAGCCUCUCCAAAGUGGAAGCUUCGACAGCGAGGGUAGUGUGAUCAAGAAUGGAAAGAUCUACGAUAGCAGGGGACAUCCACUGAAUCAGAACUCUUACGGCACUGAUGGAUCUUUUAUUAAAGAGGGACUUAUCUACGGAGCGAAUGCAAAGCCCUUGACGAAAGGAAGUCUCACUCCAGAGACGAGUUUCAUCAAGAAUGGAAAGAUCUACGAUGCUAGUGGGCAGCCUUUGAAUCAGGAAUCGUUUGGUCCAGAAGGUUUGAGAGUUCUUCAAGGUGUUGUGGUUGAUAAAGCCGGGAAACCUUUGAAGCAGGGAGUCUUUGAUUCGGAAGGAAAUGUGGUUAAGGAUGGUAUCAUUCAGGCAGCAACUGGAAAACCUUUAGACAAACAUUAUUCUGUCAUCACAAUCACUUUGGUGAAGAAGGGACUCGUUUGUAGUAAGGAUGGCAAGCCUGUGGCUAAUGCUCCAUUUGGAAAUGAUGGAAGUUUUGUGAAGGAUGGAAAGGUUUAUGAUAAGGCGGGCAAACCAUUGAAUCAGGAGAUCUUUGGAGAGGAGGGUGGAUUUAUCAAGAAUGGUGUUAUCUUUGCGGAAAGUGGAAAACCGAUGGAUAAAGAGAUUCCGGAAGUUGUGGCUAAAGAGAUUACGGAAGUUGUGGCUAAAGAGAUUACGGAAGUUGUGGCUAAAGAGGAAAAGAGUUGGGGUAAAGUUGGACCUACGAAACCCAAGAAGGUGGCGAUUCCGGUUACGACGCCGACGAUAGUCAAGUCGACGACGAAGCAGUCAGUGGUUAAGGAUCUGGCUGGAGUGACGCAAAAUAUCGAGGAGAAGGUUGAGGAUCUCACACCUGGGGGAAGUGGACAAAUCGUGGUGAACACGCACGUUAAUAAGGCAGAGGCAACGGUAGAUGAUGGUAAACCACCUUACAUGACGGCUACAGCCGUUACAACUCGCACUGCAACCAUGCACGAAGACCUGGAAAAAAACCAGAAAACGAGUCAGGUUGAAGAAAAGACAGUAGCCCACACAACAGCCACAAGUGCAACCCGACAAGAGCAGCGGACUGUAACCCAGGAAGUCAAAACGACGAGUCACAUUCUUGCCGGAGAUCAGCUGUUCUCACGACGACACAGUACGUCCAGUUCAAGCAGUGGUGAUUCGGGUACGCCAAUUGAUAUUGACGAAGAUCAACAGGCGUUCUACAAUAAGUACUACCAGGGUGAACCGGCUGGUAUAGUCGCAACAGAAUCUCAUGUUUUUACUGGUGAACCGGACAACAAUGUCACCACCACGACUACAGUUCCUAUUGUAGCAACGGAGACGCGGAAGGUUGCUCUGGAAAGCGACGAUGGAAAUUACAGCGCAUCGGGAGAAAUUGUCAGUUCACAAACCAUCUCCAGUAAAACUCGUACCGUUGAAACGAUAACGUAUAAAACGGAACGAGACGGUGUCGUGGAGACGAGAGUGGAGCAGAAAAUAACGAUACAAUCAGACGGCGAUCCGAUCGAUCAUGACAAGGCCCUGGCCGAGGCAAUUCAACAGGCCACAGCAAUGAACCCCGACAUGACAGUAGAGAAAAUAGAAAUCCAGCAACAAACGGCUCAAUAAUAAUCAUCCCCAGCCAGUAAAAUCAAAGUCGGGCACCCUGUCUAUAAAAUCCCUGCCCGAAACAAAAAUCUAUUUAUUCCCUAAAAACCUAUAAACUUAGGUUGUAAAAAUCGUGUCAGACUGAAUAUUCACUUACUAUUGCCAAUCCGCUUUUAAAGUAAAUUAAUCUAACAGAGAAGACGAAACUGCUUUUCUACUAAAGCAAUCUCAACAAACACGUGGACCGCGUUUGUUCUCGCUUUCUUAUUUAAAAAAUAUAAUGGCAUUUCCAUGUAAUGAUAGAAAUAUAAACAUUGCAUAAUUCUCAUAGCUGUAAAAGACAGGGUGAAGGACGAAAGAAAGAAGCAAUUCAAUUGCUUCACCGAGAAAGAAAAAAUUGUGUAUAAAAUUUUGAUUCUUUUCUUUUUCGCCUGAUGCGAUCAUUCUUCGCAACAAGGUGGCUUGUUGCAAUAUUGCCUGUAUAGUACGAAUACAAAUACAGUAGAUAUUUUGUCAUUUUUAACAGAUUUAGUGACGGUAUAAAUGCUAGAGAGUCAGAGGUGUCUGGAUACAAAUAUUAAUAUAUUAUGUACUAGGGAUACGAAAACGAGCAGCGGAGAUCGAGAUUGCUUUCAGGGAUUUUAAAAAUAGAGAGAAUAAACUUUUUGAGAGCUGUGAAAGUGUUCUCGCUUUCGCUGCUCGGUGUACAACAAUAAAUAUGAUAAAUAAUGAUAAUAGAUUAAUAAAUUAUAUAAAUAUAAUAUCACAUACCAAGAGCGACGAUGCAUUGGUCAGCGUAUAUGUCUAAAUUUAGCAGUAGCGUGUGUAGCUUCUUAAGUCUACAUUUCGUACCGAGUUUUGUGACUUUUUUUCUCUUGCGUUUCACGUGAUAAGUACAGCUCUUGUAUUUAUCGCGAACAAUUGCACUUUAUUUUUCUACUUUUAUCGUUACUAAUAAGGAAUAAAUCUACUUGUAACUUUUAUACGCCUUUUCAUAAACGCGCGACUUUUUUUUUCGAAACCUGUGUCGAGUUUUUUGGGAUCGGAUGAUCCACUUCAUCAUAUUUAAAGUAUUUCUAUUCCAGGGUGGCCACUUUAACGGGAAACUAGGAAAUGAUCGGGAAUUUUGGUAUUUGAUCGGGAAUGCUUACAGUUUUUGUUAAAAAACGCUUUUAAUGGUUUGAACAGUCGAGAAGAGGGAAAAUAAAAAAUUUGUUCUUUAAAAUCUACUCCUUAAUCUGUAAAACAAAAUUAUUAAAAUGGCCACGAUUUGUUUAAAAAUAUUAAAAGUCUAUUUUUGCACACAAAAAAAAACAUUUUUUUCCUCAAUUAAAAAAAAAAAAUUUCUGGUUGUAAUUGAACAUAAGAAAUCGAAAAAUUGGCGAGGGAAACAGUCAGGGAAUUUUGAAAAUGGAGUUCCGUGGCCACUCUGGAAAAAAGACAGUAAACCUUACUAGAAUCUG